GCAUGGGGCAGUUGGGUUCAGUCAUAUCCAAUGGCUUUUCAAACCACUGGGUUUUGGAGGGGUUGGAAAAUUGCUGCUCACAACAGUUGUUAUGGCCUUAUGAUGUGAGAAGGAUUCAAUGGAUAGUUGCAAAUUAAGGUUUUUGAAAGGACCUUUUUUAGAUAUAGAUGCAAAAUGAGUCAUUCCAAAGCUUCACUUCAAGCUUUAUUUGUAAAUCUUCUAUUCCUUGUCUGAUUUGGCCUUGUGAUGUGAGAAGGAUCGGAUGCAGUAUGAUUGUUAGGUCAUUGGAACUAAUGACGCCGAAGUACCGUCGAGCUAUCAGUCAAGUUGACUGUUCAACCACAACAAAAACGUCAUAAACAUAUAUUGACAAUAUUGUAAUCUCACCAUCCGUUAUUUGAGUUAGCACCAGUGCCUUGGAACUUGAUAAAAUGUAACCAUUUGGCUUCCUUGGUUGAUUCAUUAUUACCAUGGUUUCCUUUGUUUGAUGAUGUUAUGUUUCUUAUCAAAAGAAGACAAACGGUUGCUUGGGAUAUUGGCUUUUGGUUGGAAUUUAAUUUCAUCACAGAAAACUCUAUAUUUCGUGGAGUUAAACUCCCCUCCUUGCAGAAAGAAGUUCGUUUGGGGACUAUUGUCUGCCUUAAUGAAGCUAUUUUAUGUUGGUAGGACUGUUUCACCUUCCCCUACAGUUGAGGAUCAGCCAAAGGUGCAAGGAAUUCUUCCCAACGUACAAGCUUAUCAAGUUCGAUCCACUUCAAAGCAAUCUUAUGAUCUCGAAUCAAAUAUUUUAACCGAAUUUGGUAAUGUUCAAGCACCGAAGAGAACCAAAUCUCCUGAGCGUCUUCGGUCUGCACAGACUAACUUGCCAAGACCUUCUACCUCUCCUCCUAGAUCAUUUUCUAGGGCAAAUGCUCAUGAAGUUAUGAGUUCCAUGAGGACUACUGAUGCUGAAUCUGUAGCUAGUGUCCUUGUUCCCAAAAGAACAAGGUCGCCAACUUUGCCAUCAUCAGAUCAAGUCUCUGGUCCCAAUUUUUAUCCUACUCAUGAUGACACUGAACGAGAAAGAUUAGCUAAGGCAAAGAGACUUGCUCGCUUUAAGGUUGAAUUAGAUGAUGUUACACAAAACAAAAUGGGGGGCGUGGAUGUAAUGGAUAAUACAAAUAGAAAUGAAUGUUCUACAACAGAAAGGGAUAAAUUCAUGUCAAGUCAAUCUUUGGACUCAUCAAGAAAUUUGGCUCAUGGGAAUUCUAUUCCUGAUAAUGACGUGGAAUCUUCAAGCAUAAUAAUCGGACUCUGCCCAGAUAUGUGUCCAGAGUCAGAGAGGGGUGAACGAGAAAGGAAAGGUGAUCUUGACCAUUAUGAGCGAUUGGAUGGUGAUAGAAACCAAACUAGCAAAUUGCUUGCAGUUAAGAAGUAUACCAGAACAGCUGAGCGGGAAGCUAUUCUUAUAAGGCCUAUGCCAGUUUUGCUGAAAACGAUUGAUUAUUUGCUGGAUUUAUUAAGUCAACCCUACGAUGAAAAGUUUUUAGGAAUCUAUAACUUUUUAUGGGAUAGGAUGCGAGCUAUUCGCAUGGAUCUGAGAAUGCAACAUCUUUUUAAUGAAAAUGCCAUAACGAUGCUGGAACAGAUGAUUCGUCUUCAUAUAAUUGCAAUGCAUGAGUUAUGCGAAUUCUCGAAAGGUGAAGGCUUUGCUGAAGGAUUUGAUGCUCACCUUAACAUUGAACAAAUGAACAAAACAUCAGUGGAAUUGUUUCAAAUGUAUGAUGAUCACAGAAAGAGAGGCAUUAUUGUGCCUUCUGAAAAAGAAUUUCGAGGUUAUUAUGCACUUCUCAAGCUGGACAAGCAUCCUGGAUAUAAAGUUGAACCUGCAGAGCUCUCACUAGAUCUUGCCAAGAUGACUCCUGAGAUGCGACAGACUGCAGAAGUCAAAUUUGCUCGUGAUGUUGCUAGAGCUUGUAGGACAAGUAACUUUAUCGCAUUCUUUCGGCUUGUGAGGAAAGCAAGUUAUUUACAAGCAUGCUUAAUGCAUGCUCACUUUGCAAAGCUACGAACACAGGCUCUUGCAUCAUUGCACUCUGGUGUUCAGAAUAACCAAGGACUGCCAAUUGCCCAUGUCUGCAAGUGGAUUGGGAUGGAGGAAGAAGAUAUCGAAGGCCUUUUAGAGUAUCAUGGUUUUUCAAUUAAGGUAUUUGAAGAGCCUUAUAUGGUUCGUGAAGGUCCAUUUUUAAAUGGCGACAAAGACUUUCCUACCAAGUGUUCAAAACUUGUUCACAUGAAGAGGUCAAGAAUGAUAGUAAAUGACGUCUUACCGAAGAGUAAAACUGAAUGCUUGAUCAAUGGUGCUACUAAAAUGAUCCCAUUGACAAGGAAGAGUAAAAAUGAACACUUGAUCCCUGAUGCUACCAAACAGAUCCCGUUGACAAGGACUAAGAAGGAACCAAAAACAUUUGCUUUUGAAAAGAUUAGUUCUCCUCGUCCCAUAUCGACCAAAAAAGAAAGUUCCAUUCAUGAGAUAGAUGAAGAAAUGACCGAGUUUGAUGAUCAGUUGAUUCCAGUAGAUCACAAGCAAGUGCAACCAAAGAUUGAAACGUUGGAAGUUCGUCAAUUACAUGAAAAUAAGUAUAACCAUGAGGAGAAUGGUGGUCUCCUACAAUCUAGCCCCAGAUCAUGCGAACCAUUGAGGACUGAAGUUCAAUUUGUUGGCAAUCAAGGCUAUGAUGGUCUUUUCAUGACCUCUCCAGUUGGGAGCAAUUCUGCUAGGAUGGGAUUGCCUUUACCACUUGUAUCAGAUGCGCCACUUCAAAUGAUAUCUGCUUCUGGAUAUAAACAAGCGCCACUUCAAAAGAUAUCUGCUUUUGGAUAUAAUAAUAAUACAAUUAGAAGUGUUGAACCCCAGAUCAUAGUCAAUAAUGUAAUGGAAGACGAAGAAAUUUUGAAUGCUACUCAGGAAAGUAAAAUUGAUAUUAUCACAGACAGUUGUCCAGAUGAAGAAAUUGCAAAUGCAAGACUCAAGUUGAUCCUAAGGUUAUGGAAACGCCGAGCUUUAAAGAGAAAACAAUUACGUGAACAAAGAUUAUUAGCGGCUAAAGCUGCAUUUGAUAUAUUGUCAGUGGGACCACCAAUCCAAUUGAAUAGCCAUAAAAUUCGAAGUAAUGGUAUAUUCGACAUUGAUCACAUCGUGAGUGAAAGAUGGAAAAGGCAGAAAAUGUCAUGCUCCGUAGUUAAUGUUUCAGAAGUGGUAGCUAGCAUUCUAAGCAGAAGGAAUGUGGAUGGGAAGUGCGUUUGCUGGAAACUUGUUGUCUGCUCCCAAGGAACCCGUGAUUCUCAUUUUGUAGCAGGUUCCUGGUUGCUUUCGAAGCUUAUGCCCUCUGAAGCUAAUGAUCUAGUUUUCUCAUCUUCUUUUCUUUCCAUUUGGAAGAGUUGGCUCUCAGGCAUAACUGGUUUGGAUUUAAGUUGUUUCUUGUCCAUAGUUCGACAUGCAAAUUUUGAUAAUCUUCCAGAGACAGUGCAUGGGGCUGGUGCAAUCUUAUUUGUUGCAACUGAAAGCAUCCCUCUAGAUCUUCAAAGAGUCCAACUGCAUGAGCUGGUGGCGUCAAUAUCCUCUGGAUCUUGUUUGCCCCUUCUGAUUUUGAGUGAUUUUGAUGACGAGAUCUCUGCCUCACUGGCAAACAAACUCGACUUAUACAAUAUUGAUAAAUCAAGGAUACACAGUUUUCAGAUCGUUUCACUCUUAGAUAACCCUCAUCUGAGGCAUUUGGGAUUCUUCAGCGAUGAGAAACUCAAGGAAGGAUUGAAGUGGCUAGCAAAUGAAUCACCAACACAACCUGUUCUUCACCGAGUCAGAGUGCUUGACUUGAUUAUUUCCCACUUAGAUUCGUCUAUGAAGGUGCUUGAUUCUAUGAAUGAAAAAGACGUUUCUCCAAACCACUGCAUUUCAGCAUUUAAUCUAGCCUUGGAUCAGUCAGUUGCAGAUAUUACAGCUGCAGUCAAGGCAAAUCCUUCAAACUGGCCUUGCCCUGAGAUCGCUUUGUUGGAGUCUUGUAGUGAACCAGCAUUUGUAACCGAUGCUUUGCCACCUGUAGGAUGGAGUUUUGUAGAAAAUGUUGAACCUCUUAAGCAGGCUUUGAUGGACCUUAAGCUUCCAACUUUUCUUGAUAUUUCCUGGUUGACCAAAGUCUCAAAUACGAUCAAAGAGAUACCUACCGUAAGAGACAACCUAGAAAGUUGCUUGAGAUGCUAUCUGACUAAAACCAGUGAGAUCAUGGUGCAACAACUUGCAUUGGAAGAGGCUCAUAUAAUGCUCCAAAAAUGUGCUAAGCUUGAGCACCAUAAUUUCAACUAUUCCAUUGUUCCACGUUGGGUAACAAUUUUUAGACGGAUUUUCAAUUGGAGGUUGAGGUGUUUUCCCAGCAGGUCCUCUUAUGCUCAUAUUGUGAAUUGCUGCCAUGGUGCAUCCGUAUCGAGUAGCACCAGGCUCGAAAGUAGGGAACCGCCAUUGUAUCGUCCUAAUCAACCACUUUUAGAUGAAGUAAUUGAAGUAGCUUUCAGUUCCCUCUUGAUUAAUCAAGAGAGAGAUUUUCCAGAAGCUCAUCAACCGCCUGUAACCACAACCUCAAAUGGUAGGCCUCAUGAAGUUGUGGUUGCAACAAUCAAUUUUCCAAAUGAUAAUGGCUAUAGAACUCAACAGAUGGGUUUUGGUAGUCCCAAUAGUGUAGCUAAUUCGGAUCGGGAACUAAAUUGUGCCGGUAAAGAAGUAGUUGUAAGUGAUAGAGGAUAUUCAGAAGCAGAAAGACUGAAGGAGUUGUUGGAUCAGUGUAACAAACGGCAGAAUGCCAUAGAAAAAAUGUUGUCUGUUUACUUCUAAUUUUACCAUUCGUUUAUGUAAAUAUUUACUAUUAGUAUGAAGGCGAUGUAGAAUUUUGUGAGGAAAUCUUGUACGGCACUUUGCCUUCAAAUUUAGAACAAUUCUCUGUAGCAACUUUGUAACCAAUGAAAUCAAUUCAUAUUUUUCUUUCAUAUUUA